UCCUCCACAUAUUACUUGUCUUUCAUUCUUUGACGAUUUGUUUUGCUUUCUCUGUCUUUCUUGCUGAGAUUGAGAUUCUGUAAUGGCAGAAGAAGCUACACAAUCUAUGGCAGCAGUAUCAGUGAUCGGUGACACGUGGAAGGCUCAUUUGUGCAUGCCACUUGUGCCACUAUUCUAUGGUGGCUACACUGUAAUCACCAAAGUGGCCCUUAAUGUUGGAGUCAACCAAUUAGUUUUCUGCUUCUACAGAGAUUUCCUUGCUUUCACUGUUCUUGCUCCCCUUGCUUUCUUCCAUGAAAGACGGACUAGACCACCCAUUACCAAGAGGCUACUGCUAUCAUUCUUCUUUCUUGGAUUGACUGGGGUGUUUGGUAACCAGCUCUUGUUUCUUAUUGGUUUAAAAUACACUAAUCCAACUUAUGCUGCUGCUGUACAGCCAAGCGUUCCAGUCUUUACAUUUCUGUUUUCUGUAAUCAUGGGCAUAGAAAGACUGAACUUGCUCAGAUAUGAAGGUGUGGUAAAGGUUGGAGGAACUCUUAUCUGUGUUUUAGGUGCUGUAUUGCUGGUUUUUUUUCGUGGUUCAGCUGUGAUAGGAGAUGAGGAAAUAGAGCAUGUUGCAGGUGAUACACUAAGCUCUAGAGGCCAAGCAGAGUCUUCUGGUUUGUUAAUCAAUGGUUUAGUGGUUCUUGGAUUUGACCAUUUUCAAGUUGGGGUUAUGUUCUUGAUAGGGAACUGCAUCUGCAUGGCUGCUUUUCUAACUAUUCAGGUGUUUAAUUCUUUGUAACACUUUUGCUUAGUCUGUUUAGUCUCACUUCACCAGUUGUGUAUAGUCUUAUACUUGGUCUUUUCAGACUUUGAUAGCUUAAUCUGAUUAGUUGUAGCUUAUAUCUGUGAGAUUGUCAUUUGCCAUUUUCAGGCACCAUUAUUAAAAGUGUAUCCUGCAAAUCUAUCUGUCACAGCAUAUUCAUUCUUCUUCGGAUU